GUUUUUUUUUUUUUUUUAAAAAAAACAAUGGGGAGCUGUUCAUAUGAAUCGAUGUCAUCGAUCUCCGAAAGGAUCUUCCGUGAAGAACAAUACCCAGAGCUUGAAUUUUCCAACGAAACAUCGAUUGAACACGAAAACCGAUCUGGGUUUUUCAAGAAAGAGGAUUUAUGGUCUAAAAACAGCAUCAGGAAGAAGAAAAACCAAGUGUUCCUUGAAGGGUACGUUGAAACAUCCGAUGAAGAUGAUCUUGUUAGGGCCAAGAGUUUAACCGAUGAAGAUCUCGAUGAACUGAAAGGGUGUUUCGAUUUAGGGUUUGGGUUUAGUUACGAUGAAAUUCCGGAGCUCUGCAACACUUUGCCAGCUCUCGAAUUAUGUUAUUCCAUGAGUCAGAAGUUUCUAGACGAGCAACAAAAGUCACCGGAGGUGUCGCCGCCUCUCGCGGCGGAGCCUGAAACCGUUUCACCGCCUCCUGCUCCAAUUGCUAAUUGGAAGAUCUCAAGUCCUGGCGAUCAUCCCGAGGAUGUGAAAGCAAGGCUCAAGUAUUGGGCACAAGCAGUGGCGUGUACAUCAUGGAGACACGACGGUGGUUGCCGCCUGCGGGAGGUGGUGGUGGUGGUGGGAGGAGGAGGAGAAGAAGAAGAUUGUUUUGAUGAAGUGGAGAAGGAGAACUCUAAUUUUGUGAUGGUGUUUUGA